GGGUGGGUCUGUUCUUCGUGCGGGAGGGGUCGCGUUAGCCGAGCGCGGCCGCGUAACGUGUGGCGAAUCGGCGCCGUGAGCAUCGCUUUGAGCCGAGCCGAGCCGGUCUCUCGCGCGAACGUAACGGGAAGUGGCGUGGAGGAAGGGCGGCUCCGUCCGCCGUUGAGAGAGAUCGGUCCGCUCGCGUGCGGCCCUCGGCGGCCGGUGUGUGACCGACGGGAGGACGGCGGCGACGGCGACGGCGACGAGGACGAUCGAAAGCGGAUGGAACGCGGCGCUCACCGCGCGCUCCUUCCCUGACUCCCCGCUCCCGUCCGCGCGUACACGAGGAAGAGAGAGAGAGAGAGAGAGAGACAGGGAGAGGCAGGGGCGACAAGCGUGAGGGAGAAGGAAAGAGUAAUAGGAAGAGACAGAGACACGCACGAGCCCCCCCGGCACGUAGGUACGCGCUCCAGUCGUUCAUGGCUGCGGCUCGGGGUGGGGGAAAACAAGCCGUCUAACGACGUAAGAUCCCAAAAGCUCUUUAUGCAGGAAUAUGUCAAGUUUAAAAAUCGUGUUGGUAAUGCACUUGCUUGCGCUACCCUUGAGAACGAUGGAUUCUGACCAAAGAAAUCAGCGGGUGCAUCAGCACUGAACAAAAAAAAAAAAGCAAAAUAAAAAGUAAAUAAAAUAAUGAAUGCCUGCUGCACUCACGCCGUCGACUCUGUACAAGCAGACUUAAAAGAUUUGUUGAAGUAGUACCGUGAGUAGCGGCUACUCACGCCACACUCUCAGCUGUACAUACAAAAAUCUAAAUACAUAUAUAUCGUCGUACAUAUAUAUGUAUUUACUUUUACGCACAUGGCAGCCAUGAAGCAUGGCAAGACGAGUCAAGACGACGUAUGUUACGUUGUCGCCAAAUAUGAUUAUGGGGCACAGGGUGCCCAGGAGCUAGAUUUACGUAAGAACGAUCGCUAUCUGUUGCUGGAUGACUCGAAGCAUUGGUGGCGAGUGCAGAGCGCGAGAGGACAGGCGGGCUAUGUGCCGAGCAACUAUGUCAAGAAGGAGAAGCCCUCGCUGUUCGAUAGUAUUAAGAAGAAGGUCAAAAAGGGCUCCGGCUCUAAGACCCUGCCAUCCAGUAACUCGCCGUCCCGGGCGGUCGAGUCCCCCAUUAUGGCGCGACGUCUGCCGGCCGAUCCGAGCGAGGCGAUCGGCACCGCGGUCGUCAAGUACAAUUAUCAGGCGCAGCAGGCGGACGAGCUGUCCCUCGUGAAGGGAACCAGGAUCCUGAUACUCGAGAAGAGCAAUGACGGCUGGUGGCGGGGCCAGAGCGGCACCCAAGCCGGCUGGUUCCCGUCGAACUACACUCAGGAGGAAGGCGAUGCCGACGACACGCUGCACACGUACGCGAUGGCCGAGAACGUGCUCGACAUCGUGGUGGCUCUCUACUCGUUCUCGUCCAACAACGAUCAGGAGCUGUCGUUCGAGAAGGGCGACCGCCUCGAGAUCCUCGACCGUCCACCGGCGGACCCGGAGUGGUACAAGGCGAGAAACAGCCAGGGACAGGUCGGACUGGUACCGCGGAAUUAUCUCCAGGAGCUCAGCGAGUACUUGACGCAACCGUACCGCGAUCGUGGUAUGACGAGUAGCGAGAUCAGCCAGGGGGAUUCCCUCGAGCGGAGGCCGGAUCCCGGCGAUCGGCCGCAUCUCGUCGGCAAGCCUUGGUACUACGGUAGUAUUACGCGCUCGCAAUGCGACACGCUGCUCAAUCAACACGGCCACGACGGAGAUUUCCUAAUCAGGGAUAGUGAAACCAACAUGGGCGAUUAUUCGGUAUCCUUGAAAGCACCGGGACGUAACAAGCAUUUUAGGGUACACGUGGAAGGAGCGCUAUACUGCAUCGGUCAGAGGAAGUUCCACACGCUAGAUCAGCUUGUAGAUCAUUAUCAGAGGGCCCCAAUCUACACCAAUAAGCAGGGAGAGAAGCUGUACUUGGUGCGCCCAUUACCAAAAGGCAAUGCCAGUAGCAAUGGUUGCUAGAUGAAUUCGUGCCAUGAAGAAGGAGAGACAGUCCAUGCGCUUUCAGAUGUAUCGCUAAGAUACGCGACGCCUGCCUAGUAAUAUCAAUAUCACACAUCUCGUACGUUUAUACAGUAACGAUUUAUAUAAUUGGUCUACUCAUAUAUUAGUGUUUCUCGAUUGUUUUCACCAUUUUUACACAGUGAAGUAUAAUUUAUAUUACUCUAAGUGAAAUCGGUAACUCGUAUUACACUCCUCGGAGCUUCCAGACUACUCAGCAAACGAACAAAGAAACAUUUAAUACGGCAGCUACGUGAACUAAUUGACAACACACAAGGCUUACCUUUAUAUUCAUAUUGUAAUUGUAAAACGCGAACCGACUGUUAUUACGAUUAAUAAUAUAUUACAACUGCAUUAUAAUAUAGACUGCAAGUGUAAUGAUCAAGUAAUAAUUAAUUAUCAUGCAAUUACGAACGAUUAAGUGGAUCUCUACUCUAGAGCUAUUGGUAUUGAAUUAUAACAAAGACUAAGUGUUCAUUUGUGAUUUUGUAUUUAUAUUAGAAGUUUUUAAGUAAAUAAACUGUAUUUAAGUGUGCAUUAA